AUGGACCAUACCAAACAGGGGUAUGUUCCAAAGGCCGUUGCAGACACAUUCCGGGCUGGUCGUAAGAAGGUCUACAACACCCCUAGAGGAGUCCUGGUAGAUGAGGCGGAUCGUGGCAGCGCGCCGGGUGAAGUGGUUAAAGUGGAAAGCAGCAAGUAUAAGAUGAAGACGAGGCUUAUAUAUUGCCAACGGUGCUUUGUACUACAGCAGUAUCACCGCUUACCCGAUCCUAAGCAAGAGGAGGAUAGGCUCAGGCGGAGGGAGAUCGAUGAGGGGCCUCCCGUAGAGGAGGCCAUAGACGAGGAGGAGGAAGGGGAGGACGAGGACUCGAUACAAAUAGAACCUUUACAAGAGCUGGACGAUGACGAGCUGGCUGAGGUCUCCAAGCAGACCUCUAUGGGGUAUUACCGUAUGAAAGGCGGGUACCAGUGGCAGGAAGAAGAGGAGAUCGUUGCUAAGGUUGUUAAGAGCAUCAGGAAAGACUCACUCGUCCUCAUGUUGGUGGACAUUCUGGACUUUGAAAGCUCCAUCGUGCCCGAGCUGUUCGAGUCGUGUCGACAGAAGAACCUCCAAGUGAUGUUCGUUAUUAAUAAGAUAGAUGGCAUCCCCUUCUACGAGAAGAAGAAACAUCAGAUUCGUCAGUGGGCCACCCGAAUGAGUCGUCAGAUCAAGAACGCUCACUGGUCGGAUGUGGUUCUCGUAUCUUCACUCAACGGUACGGGCUUUGCAGAAUUGGAAGACCGGAUGCGACAGUACCUCUCAGCCGAUAAGCCCAGGUGGAUAUACAUCGUGGGAAGAGUGAACACGGGCAAGAGCACAUUUGUUAACCGCUGGCUACGCCAUAUCGGUUACACCCAUCUUGGGACCGUCAACUACAAGCGUGGCACAGGUGGCAUCACGCGCUCGCCCGUCCCUGGCACCACAAUGCAGUUUGUGACUUUCGGCCUGCCUCGAAAGUUCCGUCUGGUCGACAGUCCCGGCAUCCCCUCCAAAGUUCAACUCAGUAGCUUCCUUGAGGACCCCAAGGACCUAUACGAUCUCUCGUUGUGUCGGCAGCACCCUGUGCGGCCCGUCACACAUACGAUCAAACCAGGGAGAUCGCUCAUCAUUGGGGGCGGCCUGGCUAGGAUAGACCAUAAGGGUGCAUCGACUCAGGGGAUGCACGCCCAACCGGUGUUCCUUUCCUGCUUUGUGAGUAACAAGGUUACUCUACAUGUAAUUGACACGAAGAAAGCUGAAGACUUCCUCACUCGGAAAAAAGGUACGUUCAUGUACCCUCCUCAUUCUGCUGAUGCCAAAUUGCCUCCUCUUACCAAACAUAACGUCGAAGUGUACGCCCCGAAUCCUCAUACAGCGAUGGAUGACAUUUCUAUAGCAGGGCUAGGAUGGAUCACCGUGUACGGGUAUGGUCACGAGGAGCUCACUGUAUGGGUGCCUGAGGGCGUUAAGGUGUUCCGCCGGCCUGCAAUGCUGCCCUUUACCAUCCGACAGAAAGGCGUGUCGGAGUUCCAUCCUCGAGCUCGAGGAAGGGGACAGAAAGUUGCGAGCGAGAAAUUCAAACAAGUUCAUGACAAGAAUCUUCGUGAGAAGUGGCGCUCACAGACGGCAGCAAGAGAAGCUUCAUUCGUUGGUUCAGUGGAGUCCGCUCCCUCAGAAGGCACUCCCUUCGUCGAGGAGCACUCAGACAGUGUUCGAACCGAAGCUACCGCAGAGUCGCAUUCAUGAUCAAAUACAUCCCUCAAUCACGUUUCUGAUUGCUGUUUC